UCCCUCGAGGAGGAGAAAGAAAUUCUCUUUGUUGUAGCCGUUGAAGGAAAGUGAGUGGAACAAGAGAGAGAGAGAGAGCAAAAGAUAUUCCAAGCACGCUGACUGUUGUGUCUCUGAGUAAACCGCUACAUAGUUGUGAAGGAGUGAUUGUGUAGCCUAUUGGACUAUGUCAGCAGCAGGAGGAGUACAGGAAGCUGGCUCUAUUCAAUUCCCAAAGAGGGAAGGUGACAGCUCCUCCGGUGGGAGCACUUUAUUAUCAGCUGCUGGGAGUGGUGUUUUAGCUAAUACUAGUACUACAGGAGUCACCACAACCUCCAGUGCUCCUCAUAUUAUUGCUACCAACGGAGGAGGAGGAGAUCAUAAGGACAAAUCUGUAUCUGGUAAACUACAUCGCGGCGGACUGAACAAGAGCUUCUCCAGGAGCGGCUCGUUUCGUAACAAACACAAGCUAAAGUCGCAAGACUCCUCUGAGAUGUCUUCAACUGCUGGAGGAAGAGGAAAGUCGCCCGGGACUCCUGACACUAGGACAUGGAAGAUUCGUAAUUUUGGAUAUUAUGACAUUCAGUCUGUGACUGUGAACAGGCUCAGUGUUCAAGCAACUGGUGGCCCUGAAUCAAGACACCAGGUACUCAGGAAACCCACAGGAGCCUCUGCAGCUUUACUCAACUCGGUUGCGGACUCGGAAGGAGAGGGUUCGCCCUCUAAUGAUCCCUCCCAGUCGACUUCUCAAGGAGAUGACAUCGGGAAUGAGCUCGUCGCCGUCUGUCCUGCUUUUAGGAACGAGAUUGGUGAAAGAGGAGACUGGCUCCUCACACAGGGCAUCAUCACUAAACUGAGAGAGUCCCUGAGUCAAGAGAAGAGACUGAGGGUCUGCUCUAGGGAGAAGAUUGUUCUUGAUGGUGAAUUUGAUGAAAGCAGCAACGGGCCUAUAUCUGUGGAUACUUUCACUGUUCAAUCAGGAGUAACGUUUCCAUUGGAAUUCAUUGACUAUGGAGCCUGCUACUAUAGAAAUUAUUUCUACGAUAAAGAACAUCAGAAUUUUGUUGGUUUUGAUGACAACCUUGGCCCUGUGGUCAUAUCUCUAAAGAGAGAGAAAGUGAGUAACAAGGUUAUACACUAUUUCUCUAAUGGACAGCCAAGCAAUGAAAGAGUGACACAGAAGUAUCAGUACAGGGUCAUUUUAAGAACCAGUGAGAUCCCAACGCUCAGAGGUACUAUAAUGGAGGAGUCUAUUCCCUCAAGCAUAAAGGCAGGAUCAAAUAAAGGUAUACCACCACGGGAAGUAAUGGAGUACAUCACACAAGGAGAACUGCAGCAGCUGUCAUCUUUGAAACUAGCAAAAUCAGAUGACAAGACUACAAGAGAGUUGAUGCGUCUCGAUGAGCAGGAGCUAAACAACAAGUAUAAGAUUGGAGUCCUUUAUUGUAAGGCCGGCCAAAUAACUGAAGAAGAAUGGUACAAUAAUGAAACCGGUAGUCCUGCUUUUGAGGAGUUUCUUGAUCUGAUCGGCGAGAAAGUAAAGAUGAAAGGGUUCAACAAGUACCGAGCCCAGCUGGACAAUAAAACCGACACAACAGGUGAAUACAGCAUCUAUACUUCGUAUGAGAACUCAGAGAUCAUGUUUCACGUGUCAACGCUUUUACCAUUCACUCCUGCCAAUAAACAACAGCUGCUUAGAAAGAGACAUAUCGGUAAUGAUAUAGUGACGCUGAUAUUUCAAGAGCCUGGCUCAAUCCCUUUCUCUCCUAAGACUAUAAGAUCACACUUUCAACACAUCUUCAUUGUAGUCAGAGUAGAGGAAAGCAACCCAAAGAGCCCUGGUCCACCUGCUUACAAAGUUUCUGUCUCAAGGAGUAAUGAUGUCCCUUAUUUUGGCCCACCCAUCCCUGAAGGGGGCACUUUCCAGAAAAGUGAAAAAUUUAGAAAUUUCCUAAUCACAAAAUUAAUCAAUGCUUGCAAUGCUGCCCUUCACAGUGACAAACUCUAUGCAAUGGCCACUAGAACUCGUAAACAAUAUCUCAGUGAUCUUGUCAAAGAAGGAGCCACCUCCGUUACUAUUGAUCAGGCCGGGUCAGGAGCUCUUGGUCGAUUGUUUGGACGCAAGCGUGACCGUGCUGGGUUGGUGAGUCCGAUACUGUUUACCCCUGGGGCUAUGACCUGGUCUGUGUCUAUCAUAAUGAGACACUGGAAGCCUCUACCAUUCUCAGAGGAUCAUGACUACAGUAUUGACUGUACACUCUGUCUCGCUCCUGAUGUGCUCACAUUCAUUAACAGUGACAAGGUUGCUUUACUACACAUUCCUACUACUGACAUUAGUGGAUAUACACAUGACAGGAAUAGACUUAAUCUCUUCUAUGAUCAUUGUUAUUGCUUGAGUAUUGAGUGUCACGAGCAGGUGGAGGAUGUUUUGGACUUUUGUAGAAGACUGGUGGCUUUAUCAAAUGCACAGGAAGCUAUUCUUCUUGAAUUUGGUCGGAGUGUCAUCUCUGGUUUAUUAGGUUUUACAAUCGAUCAAAACGGAACUGUCGUCCGUGUUGACGGCCUGGCUAAGAUGAGAGGACUUCAAAAAGGAGCCCAGGUUCUACAAGUUGAAGAUAAGCUCGUGUGCUGUAAUCCUCCUGGUGAUAUUGCUGACCUGUUACACGAUAAGAACAGAGCUGUCGUAAGAGCUUUUGUGGUUCCACCUGCUCCACGAUCAGAUAGGCCGCGCCUCCAGCGUGUACCAGUUGAUUGGGAGGAAGUGUGGUCUUUAAGACCUCAGGCUAUUAAUGAAUGUAACGAGUCGGAGGAAACUACCGAUAAUAAUCAGGAAAAGAACUCUAACAACAUGUCUUCUAAAUCUUCACCUCCUCCUCUUCCUGACAGCAGCGAGGCACUGCAAGCCCCGCCUACUCAUUGCGGGAGGAAACUCUCGGCAGACACCGUUUUUGUAGGUGCUUCGAGCAGUAGGAGAAGGACACGCCCAGAUCACUUACAAGUCGUUGAUCCUUAUCAGCAGGAUGAGAAUAUUUAUGAUCGGCUAUUGAGUUAUGGUAACAGAGGUAGUCUAUCACCGUCAGCUAAGAGUGCAGUAUCACUGAACACCACAGGAGGAGGAGGGGGAGGAGGAGGAGGGGGAGGGGGAGGGGGUCCUCCUAGUCCUAGUGCUGGAAAGAGCUAUUCAAGAUUAAAGGUCACUCAACCCAAAGCUAUAAGGCAGAGUGUACUACAGUUAGCUAAUAAUAUCAUGGAUCAUUCUGGAGAAGAUGGAGAAUCCAGUGAGAGAUAUUCAUGGACUCCCCAACCAGCCAACCAUCAGAUAGAGGAGCAUUCCCCAUACAUAAACACUCAGAUAUCCCAGAGCUCAUCAAUACCUGAUAGGAGGCACACUGCUUCCCCUCUCUCCCACGUCCAGAGGAAGUACCCAGUGCCUGGAGCGUUAGGGGAAAAGGGAUUCGACAAUAUGCCUCCGGUCGGUCAAGUCCACGAAAUGAAGAAGAGGUUUUCCCUUCAGCACUCUCGCCCGUAUCGCUCCUCUGUCUCUCGUAAAAGUUCUCAUGUCCCAAUAGUCGUAUCGCAGAACCAAGAACCCAGUCUACAGCCAUCUGGUGGGAGCCACGAUGAAGAAGAGACUGGGGCAAAGACUCAUCGCCCGAUGUCUUGGGAUGCGACGGAAAUACUCGAGGAAGAUGAAGGCAACAGGUUGAUCGGGAGAGAGGACAGGGGAGAGAGUCUGCCGCCUCCCGAGAGACCUUCAUCGGACGCUCUCUUUCAGCGAAACGCUCAAGUCAGACAACCAUUCAGACAGAAGACCGCACCCACUGCCCCGCCCACUAGCGAUAGCGAAACGCUCGAGACUAAUGAUACAGAAAAUAUAAGUAGCAAUGGAGUGAAGCCACACCCAUCUCUGACCCAGCAGAUCAGUAACCCUACGAAGCCUCUAGACGAGGUCUUGGAACUUUUUGAAGAAGGAGCUUCUCCUGAUGAUCUUGAGAGAGAAGACAAAGUUAAGACGAGUACUAAAAUGACUAAACUUUCUGUGAGAGACCGAACUAAACUCUGGGAAAUGAAAACCGGCUCUACACAGACGCUACCUAGGUCCUUCAAGACGAGACACUCUACUGGAAGCCAGCCAUGUUCUCCGAUGAGAAAGAACUCUGUUGAAUCUCCCCUCGCAACUCCAAACAGCCUCUCCAAUCAGCCUCGGUUCACUUUCAUUGGCGGCGAUGAGCGAAGAGACGAAGGUAUCAAUCACUCGUACUACAGAACGAGAGGCUCCAUCUCACCGUCUGCCUCACCCAAACACAGACAGACUCUAAACCCUCCUCAAAAACCUCUUUCUCUCACUCCGAAAUCUCACAAUGGCUACUCAAGAUAUCAAGGAGACUCGAGGUAUCAAGGAGGCGUGGCCAGGAAGCCAUUGUUUGGCACUGGCGCUAGUCAUUUACAGAGUCCUAAAAGUCUCUCGGAAAAACACUUCACUUUUGACGAGAGAGAGGAAAUGUCAGACGCUGACAAUCAGCUCCUCUCUUGGGACACUGUCAUGGGCGAUAUCACCAGUUACUGCAGGAGUGUUGCUGAAUGGGUGAAACAGACAGAGGAAGCCGGCGUACUUGAUGUAACUAACGAUCCAGUGAAUCAUCAAAUUGUGCAUCCAGCUGGCAGCCCAACUAGAUCGGAGAGUCCUACUGGAUACAGCACAUCCAAUAUUUCUGUACAAAGUGAGCCAGUUCAUCAUUUAAAAAGCAAAGUAGCCCAGCUGGAGUCUAAACUAGAGCAGGAGUCAGAGAGUAAUAAAGAGUUGAGGAAUUGUUUAAAGAAAAUGGAGAAACAAAUCAGCGACCUUCAAAAGAGACAGCAGUCACAGAACACUCACCGCAAACUGUCAGCCACAAGCUCUCAAGUCUAAUUCAUCACUCCACCCUCUCUCUCUCUCUCUUUCUCUUCUCGUUUCUACUAACUAUUAUUAUCAUCAUUAAUUUAUCAUUACAAAAAUUAAUUAUUGUUUUCUCUGCUUUUGCACUUAAAGGAGAGGGACGCAUUAUUUUUCUGGAAAUUUAAAAUUUUGUAAAAAUUACAAUCAUUUUUGUGAAUCGAUCAUUAUUAUUAUUAUUAUUGUUUUUUGUUAUUUAUUAUUUUGAUGUGUUAAUUAAAAUAAAAUGCAAUUAAAAUUGUAAUAAAAAAGGCGCAAAUUUUUGUCCGUAGCCAUAAUUACGCAAUAUACUUUAUUUGUAAAGUUGAAAUGAAAAAAAACAAUAUUAAUAACAAUAGAUGAUAAUUAAUAACAAAUUUCCUUCUCUGUCCUACUAUUAUACUUAA